GUGUUAGCAGAGGAAACCUUGCGUGCGUGACUCGCACAUUCUUGUCGGACGGGCGAAGCAGAAUGAUGUGCAGAUUGCCCUACAGUGCCAGCUUCGCUUGCGUGCAGCUUAUGUUCUGAAAAAAGGAGAGUCUUGGGAUUCCGGUAUUAGGUUGUCUCAAAGUCGCGUGCUGGUACACAGACCUAGAUUCCAAACGGGACAUCUGCAAUACCAAAUAACGUAGUAUGCUGAUUCUGCUGGCUCUCUUACGACGCCACGCAACCCAAUGCAGAUUAUAGUGCAAAAACACAUCGUGUGGAUUUCUCGUUUCGGAGCUGCAUCGUGCUAGCUGCUCCCAUUCCGGUCUAUGGUUCCCCCUCCUGUCACAUUCGCAAUGACAGCGAGAUAAGCGAAAGCCAUCAGCGAUGGACGGUCCUCUCAAGUUUGUUGUCGCGGCAGUUGCAGCCGUCGUCGUCGCGAAGCAAGUCCUUGGAAUCGCAAACCACAACCAGAGGCAAGAGGAGGAACGGCGGCGACGGCGUCGGCGACAGCAACGUUCGCAGCGCGAACAAGACGGCCGUGAUGUGCCGGCGGAAGGGCAGCAGGGCAGGCGGCCGGUGCAGGAGCUGAACGACAUCGAGAGCGUGGGGGAGGAGAGGGACCGCAGCAGGGACCGUUCGUUAUUGUCACAUGGGAGGGUUGGGGCUACGUUUGGCCAGGGAGGCGGGGAAGGGCAUGGGAUUACGAGGGUGGCUCAAACGGGUGGGGCAGCCGGAGCAGGAGCCGGAGGAGGAGGGGGUGGGGAGGGAGGGGGAAGGGGAGGGGGAGGGGGAGGAAGCAAACACAAGGAAGGGCGUACGCGCGCAUCUGGUGGCGCUGCUGCAGCUGCUGCUGCUGUAGCAGAUGUGACUGUAGAUGGCAGGGACUAUUAUGGGGGCUCUGGGGACAGAGCGUCAAGCGAAGGGAGGAAGGAAGAGGAGGAGGAGGGAGAGAGGGGAAGGAAGGACCGGAAAAAGGACCGGAAGGAGAAGAGGAAGAAGAAGAAGGAUAAGAAGGAGGGCAAGGAGAAGGGGAAGGGGAAGGACAGGCAGGGGCGAGAGGAGGGGGAGGAGGGAGAAGAGGGGGAAGAGGAGGCUGGCAAGCUGGCGGAUGGUGUUGAUGCCGAUGUUAGAUGUACCGGUGAUGGUGGAGCGACUGCAGGGGUGGCUGGGAAUGCAGCUGAGCGCAAGGAGGGGCCAGAAGAGGAGAAGGCAGAAGAGGAGGAGAAGAACGAGAAUGCUAAAUCAAAUGCUAAAUCGGGAGACGAGUUUUUUUCUGAGGAGGACGUGCCUGACGUGUGGUCGGACUUUGAGUCGAAGCUCGCUGUGAACGGGCAGAGAGCAGCCGUCAGGGGCACGGCAGCAGCAGGAGCGCGAGGGGCGGACGGGGACGGGGCAUGGGGAGCAGCAGUGGCGGCUGUUUCCAGCGAUGUGCGGGCCAACAGCAAUGUUGCCGGGUCAACAGCAAUAGAAGAGCGGGCGAGAGAGGAGCACGCGAGGGAGGAGCGGGUGCACGAGCUGCUAGCGGCGCAGGAGCAGUCGCUGAGAGAGUCGCACGCGCGUGAGAUAGAGGGGCUUAAAGCGAGGAUAGAGAGGGAAGCCCAGGAGCGCGUGCUAGGGGAAGUGGAGGCCAGGGUGGAGCUGGAGGUUCAGGAGAGAUUGAAAGGCGAGGCACACUUGAAGGAGAUCGAGGGGCUGAAGGCGAGGAUAGAGCGGGAGGUGCAUGAGCGGGUGAUGGCGGAGGUGGCGGAGGUGGAGGCGCGGGUGGCGCAGGAGGUGCAGGAGCGGGAGGCGCUGGAGGAGCAGCAGCGGGCAAUGGCGGAGGAGCACCAGCGGGAGGUGUGGGAGCUGCAGUGCAGCGCGGAGGAGAUGAAGCAGCAGCACGAGCAACUCAUGGCGGAGCUGCAGGAGCUGCGGCAGCUGCGGUACGGGGGCGAGGAGGUGGAGCAACAGCGGCGCGAGGUGGAGAGGGAGCGGGCGGAGGUGGUGCGGCUGCGCAAGGGCAUGGCGGAGAGCGUGUUCCAGAAGCAGCAGUGGGCGCAGGACGUGCAGGAUAUGGACAAGAUCAAAAAGGAGGUGAACGAGCUGAGGGCGCGAGAGAGGGAGCUGCAAAAGCAGCUGAGGAUUGGCUCGGGCUCUGCCUCGGAGAUCACUGCGCUCAAGCAGGUGGUGGCGUCCCUUAAAGCCCGCGAGGAGGAGGUGAACGCUAAGGAGGCUCUGGCGCUGGCAAAGCAGAAGGAGGUGGAAGUGAUGCGCAAGGCGCAGGAGAAGGUGGAGGUGGAGCUGGUGGAGGCGCGAAGGGUCAACAACGAGCUGCAGCUGCAGAGGAGGAAGAUGAGCGUGCAGCUGGCAGAGGCUCAGGCGCACAUUGAUCGGCUCAUAGCACCAGAGAGCCAGCAGAUGAAGAAGGCGCAGAUGGAGGCCAUGCUGCUGCGGCAGAGAGUGGCUGACUUGCUGCGACAGGUGGAGGGUCUGCAGAACAGCCGCUUCAGCGAGGUGGAGGAGGUGGUGUACCUGCGGUGGGUGAACGCGUGUCUGCGCUUUGAGCUGCGCCACAACAAGGCAAUGCCAGGGGGCAGGGACUCCGCCCUCUCCCUCAACAACAACCGCAGCCCGCGCUCGCAGGACCGUGCCAAGCAUCUCAUGCAGCAGUUUGCAGAUGGCUACCCCACAGGGGAUGCUGCUGGUUCCGGUGCUGGUGGUGCCCGGUACAACGACGACGACUCGGACUCUCUCUCCCUCUACAACGACUCUGCCUCCUUCGCCUCGUCGCCCGACCGCGGCAGUGCUGCUGCCACGGACGACCCCUUCCACUCCUCGCCCGACAGCUACGGGCGGGGCGGAGGCGCAAGAAAGUCGAGAACCCCCGGGCCUGGGAAGGGCGGGAGGGGGGCCGGGUGGGGGGCAGGGGUUAGUGGUGGUGGUGGUGCUGGUGGAGGUGGAGGUGGGGAAGGUGGUUCUGGGGAGGGUGGAGGUGGGUUUGGGCCAGGGAAGGAGGCGAUUGGGCGGACCAUGUCUCUCCAGGCGAUGUCGCAGCAGGAUGCUGCGAGCAAGCUGAAGAACUUCUUGACAUGGCGCAGAAACAAGUCGUCAAAGGACCUGGAGGAGACGGCUGCUGGUGGUGCUGGUGGUGGUGUUGGUGGUGGUGAUGGUGCCGGUGCUGAUGCUCUUUCUGCUGCGGCUGUUCGAGCAGCAGCAAGGUACGAAGGGGAGGGAGGGAGGCGGCACAGCAACGCGCCAAGAGGAGCAGGAGGAGGAACAGGAGGAGGAGGAGGAGGAGGAGGAGGAGGAGGUGGAGGAGGAGGGGCAGGGGGAGGAGAGGAGGGAGGAGGGGGAGAGGGGUCCCAGGAGGAGGAGAGGAGGGAGGCCAUUCUCCGAAAGCUCAAGAUGAAGCAGCCACCUCCCAGCAUGAUGAUGAUCUCUGAUCUUACCGUCGGUGAUUCCUUCAGUCUCGUCCGUCGAUCCGUCUCCCGCCCAGACAAGGACAAUCUGCACCGUCGAUUCCCGGGAUUCAAGGACCGGCACCUGCUGGCGCAGGAGCGUCAGAUCUUUAAUCUCCAGCAGGCAGAAGCUGCGGCUGCGCUUAGAAAAUCUAAUAUUUCUGCCGAUGCGUCCGUUGGGAAGACGCCGAGGGUUGUCGCCCCGGAGAAGCGCGAGCCGAGGGUGCCGUCCGCGCCGCCCAGGCCGCGAACCACCCGCCCGAGCCUGCUGGACGAGGACACGGAGCUGACGGCCGCCGCCGCCCUGCUCAACAAAGCGGUCGGCGGGGUGCCGGUGCCGCCGCCCCUGCCGCCGCCCGGCGCCCCGCCGCUGCCGCCCGCCAUGCCCAAGGGCGGGAAGCUGGGGGGGAGGGCGGAGUGGGACGAGGAGGGGAUGAGAAGGGCGCCUGAGGUGGUGGCGUUCUAUCAGCAGCUGAUGAAGAUGCAGCGAGAGGCGUUGGGAGGGGUUGGAGGCGGUAGGGAAGGGGAGGAGGGCUUGAGUAUGGCGGCUGUGAGGGGGGAUAUGAUUGGGGAGAUCGAAGGGCGCUCGUCCCACCUGCUUGCGAUCAAGCAAGACGUGGAGAUGCAGGGCGACUUCAUCAACACGUUGGCGCGGGAGGUGCGGGAGGCAUCCUACUACGACAUUGAAGACGUGGUGGCGUUUGUCAACUGGCUGGACGAGGAGCUCGCCUUCCUGGUGGACGAGCGGGCAGUGCUGAAGCACUUCGACUGGCCAGAAGCCAAGGCAGACGCGCUGAGAGAGGCGGCGUUUGAGUUCCAAGACCUCGUGCGGCUGGAGAGGGACCUGGCUGGCUACGUGGACAACCCCGAGGUGCCCACGGACCAGGCGCUCAAGAAGAUGUUCCUCGUGCUUGAGAAGGUGGAGCAGAGCAUAUACGCCCUCCUGCGCACGAGGGACAUGGCCAUCUCUCGUUACGCUGAGUUCGGGGUGCCCACCUACUGGAUUCUCGACAACGGCAUUGUGGGCAAGAUCCGCCUGGCCUCGGUGCGCCUCGCCCGCUGCUACAUCACGCGGGUCACAUCAGAGCUCGACAAGCUGGGCGACGAGCCCGAGAGCGAGCCAAUCCGCGAGUUUCUUCUGCUGCAGGCCGUGCGCUUUGCCUUCCGCACGCACCAGUUUGCCGGAGGGUUUGAUGCAGAAAGCAUGCGUGCGUUUGAUGAGCUUCGGGCACGGGCCAAUCUUGGGAGCAGCAGCAGCCUUGGCCCUGCUGCUCCUGCUGCUGCUGCUGCUGCUGCUGCUGAUGCUGCUGAUGUUGAUGCCUCUGAUGCUGCUGGUGCUGGUGCUGAUGGUGUUGGCAGUGCAACUGCGGUUGCUGAUACCAAUGAUGCAAGUGCUGGUACCAAUGGUGGGGGGGUAUUGCCAAGUGAGGAAGCUGGAAUGGCUGAUGCAGGUGCAUCGGAACUUCUGGUUGAUGCUUUGGCAGUUGCUGUUGAUGUGGAUGGCACAGCCGAUCACGACGCUGAAAAGAUCUAGACUUCACAUGCUAUAUACGAAUGAAGUUGGUGCUGGAGUGACAUUGCGGGUGGAUUAAUAAGCUAGCUGUGUGACAUCAUUUUUAUUCAAUUUGGUAGAGAUUUGGAAGAAUGCAACACGUAUUGAGAAAUUUGAAGUUGAGCAC